GAUCCCACUGGUAUCAAAUGCUUUAUCCUUUGUGAUUCUUACAAACAGAAAGUUUAUUGUUGGAGGUUUUCUUCUCUCUCAUUCUAGAGCUAUUGGAAUAUUAAGGUGUAAGUUUGACAGAAGCAAAAAAGUUUCUCAGAAACACAAUUUUGGAAAAGCUUGUGAAAGCUGGUGACUAUUGUUAAAACAGAGGUGUACUUUGAAGUGAUUAGAAGAUCAUAUGAGUAACUUUUCGUUCCUUACAGUACCUAAUAUUUUAUGUCCUAGUCUUAUUGUUUGCAUUUUUUCAAAAUGAAUUAGGCAAUGAGCUACUUCAAGAAAGCAAGAUAUAUGCCCACUUUACUACCGUCUUUACUUGAAGCUCUCAUACAUGUUGGCAUUCUUUUAUUCCUUAUGGUGGAAUUUGCAUUGGGGAACAUUUUCCAGGGCAUUUGUUCGUCAUACUAUGUGUUUUCUGAUAUUUGAGGUGUACCCUUUCCUGAGUUCUGUCGAGCUAUGGAGUCAAGGCAUUACAGAAUAAAAGCAUGAAAUGUGUAAAUCUUAUUUCAUGGUUAUCAACCUAAUAUGAGCGUGCCAUUGAACUCCCGUGCAGAAUGCAGAUUAUGAUGGUUGUUCACCAUGUCAACCGCAUAGGACUAAUAGGUCAUUCUGAAAGGACCUAUAGUACUUAAAACCGUUUUGUAUUUGCCUGUUAAAAGGCUGAUUUUCACGGUGAUUUAAUUGGUGAUUUGUCAUAGCUAAAAAAAGUUUAUUUUAUCAAGAAAAAUUUGAGCUAAUUAAUGACGCGAUAUGUCGUUUUGUUCUCCACAUUACUUCAUCCUAUUUUACCGGCCUCUUCAGGUUCGACCAUCUUUCCUAGAAUAAAUGUAAGGGACCUGUAUAAGCGGCUUGGAAUCAGUAAAGAGGCCUCCAAAGAUGAAAUUCAAGCCGCAAGGAAUUUCCUCGUCCAAAAAUAUGUGGGACACAAGCCCAGUUUGGAUGCAAUUGAAUCUGCGCAUGACAAAAUAAUCAUGCAGAAGUUCUACGAGAGGAGGAACUCGAAAAUUGAUGUCAAGAAAAAGGUCAGGGAAGUAACUCAAUCCCGCGCCGUGCAGGCUGUCAUGAGCAGGUUUCAGACUCCGUCCUCAAAGUUCAUCAUAAAAACAGCUACCGCAUUUUUAGUACUUGGACUUCUCACUCUUCAAGUAGCCAUAAUAUCCCUCAUAGCUACCAUAUACUUAAUACAUGAUCGGCUGAAAAGCAAACUGCGAGCUUUCCUCUGUGGGGCCGGUGCCUUCAUUUUGUCAUGGCUACUGGGGACAUUCUUGAUGGUGUCCAUAAUACCACCUUUGUUUAAAGGACUGCGCGGUUUUGAAGUAACAACUUCACUUAUAACCUACAUUCUGCUCUGGGUUUCUUCUACUUACCUGAAGUAGGAAAUUUGGUGACCUUCGAGAAGACCCCAAUUUUGGUUGAAAGUGGCCUGAUAUGAGAGUGUUCUUGGUUUCUUCAUUCUCCAAUUUCAUGAUGCCUCUUGAUGGUAAUCAUGUAUCCAUUGACAGUGCGAGCCUCCUUCAUUUCUAACAUUUGUUCAAUGAAAAUGCUGGUCUAGGAUCAACAAUUUCUAGAUGGCUGUUUUAUUGUUUGGAAAAGGAAAAAGUUGUGAAAAUGAACUAUAGUGACCUUUUUUUGACUAU